UGUGGUGGCGUCACGUUCUCUUCGCUUCCUCUUGCGCUUUCUGACGAGCUCCAUCAUCGUCCACAGCAGUGACCGUGACUAACCUGUCUGCUGAUGCACUGAGGGUGGUUUUUGCACAAACACCACCCGCGAUGCGGUGCCUGUGUUGGGUGCAAAGCUUGUAGCUCUCGGUUUGUUCGGGCAGACCGAGUGCAGCCGUCAGGAAGCUGAAGUAAAGGGCACCGUGAGGCAAACGGACAGGAGGCCACGGCUCCCCCUCACACACAUACAUCAGCACGGCCUUGAUGGUGAUGUAUGCAAGGAAACCAGCAAGAGUCAGCGAUGGGUGCAAUGACAGAAGGGAUUCACAAUCCUAUCAGACCCAUAAAUCCCAGCCAAAGAGCCAGUCCAGCGGCAUUCACCGUUAUGACAAGGUGCGUGAUGGCUCGUCGGAUCCCACACCUCCAUACAAGAUGCUGCGGCGUUCAGAUGAGAGUCCUGUUAGCAGACAAGGAGACAGCGGAGGAGAUAGCAAGCCAAAAGCCUCACACACUGUCAGAGGUAAAAAUGGGACCAGUGGCUCUCCUCAGGAGAACUCCCAAAACAACACAUCGCACCAUGGCUCCGACUCACAUGGGACUCAAAACAAACCUCCAGACAGGCACCAAGACCCAGCAGAUGACUGGACAGAACACAUCAGUUCUUCUGGGAAGAAGUACUACUACAACUGUAGAACAGAAGUUUCUCAGUGGGAGAAGCCCAAAGACCUGUUGGAGAGAGAACAACGGCAGAAAGACUCAGUCAAAAUGGCAGCAAAUAGUUUUCCCAGGGACAUGGACUACAGACAAGAGGCCUUGCAGGACAAAGCCACAUCAAAGACCACACCAGGGGACCAGUCCACAGCAUCCAACAGCGGCCAUUCCUCCUCCUCUUCUUCUCAGAGCAUGAAUUCUGCUCCCGUUGCUUUAGGAUCCACUCCUUCUACCAUAUCCUCAUCCUCAUCGGGGCAGGCUCCCCCAGCUGUUCAGUCCCAGUCAUCAGCACUGCUCCAGGACCCAGCCCUCCUGCAUCAGCUCCUCCCAGCACUGCAGGCAACUCUGCAGAUGAACAAUGGCAGUAUAGACAUGGCCAAGAUCAAUGAGGUCACUCAAGCUUCCUUGCAGUCUGUGCUUCACAAGUUACUCGCUGCUGGACCUGCUUUCAACAUCACUGCUCUUCUCUCAGCUGCUCAGCACUCCAACCAAGCAGCCCAACACUCCAGUCAGUCCCCUGUCUCUCUGACAUCGGAUGCCUCAUCACCACGGCCCUAUGUCUCUCCACGAAACGGCACACAACAAAGCAGCCAGAAAUCCCUUGGUGUUCAUCCUGGCACUAUGAGUUCUUCACAAACCAGGGGCAGUAUGUCUUUAGGGAAGCAAACACCAAUGCUCUUGUCUCACACUGCAGAAAAACGUCCCGAGGACCCCAGGGCUCUCCAUCCGAGAAGUCAAGAUCUUCUGUGCACGGGAUCAGGCCUAUCUGGUGCUGCUUUGUCUCACGUCUCUUCCAGCAGCACCAGCCAGUUCCAGACUGAGACCCCCGGCUCAUUCACCCCCACCUUGGCAACUCAUUUCAAUGAAACGCUCAUCAAACAUAUCCAAGGCUGGCCUUCAGAGAACACUGAAAAACAGGCGGCACGUUUGCGUGAGGACAUCCACAACAUGGGCAGCUUGUACAUGUCUGAGCUCUGCACAGAGAUGAAAAACCUGCGAUCUCUGGUCAGAGUGUGUGAAAUUCAAGCCACGCUGAGGGAACAGAGAAUUCUGUUCCUGAGGCAACAGAGCAAAGAGCUAGACAAGCUGAAGAACCAGAACUCAUACAUGGUUUGAGAAUCUGACCAGAGGGUGAAAACUAAAUGGACUAAAACAAUGAUAAAGAGAAAUAGACUCAGAUGACAUGCUGCUGCAGCCUGUUGUAUUCUGUCUGUCAGAGCGACAGACGAAAGCCCGGAGGAGCCAGACGACAAGCUGAAGUUCUUUGAUCUUGAACGUUUCUUUUCUUAAAUGUUUCCCAUGUCCACCAUGUGAAAGUCUCUCAUUACACAGAGAGAGCGACUGUUCACAAACUUGGACACUUUAAGCAGUGACCAAUGGAGGACCUUUUCAAACGGCACCUUUUUGGACAGUGAACCUUGGAUUGUGUGUUUUGUAUCGGGUUAACUUGUUUCUGGUGUGUUUUGAUGUGUAGUGGUGAGGAAAAGAUGACAGUUCAUUCUUUGAAAUGAAAUAAACCAUCUCAUAAGCUUGAGGGCGCUCAUCGGGGUGUUUUUGUGUGGUCUCAAAAGCACGUGUCAGUAAUGGAGCGCCAUGCAUUGAAAUGGCUGAAUUGAUAGUGAUUUUCCUAAUUUUAUGUCAUUGUCAUGAUAGGAUGUUAACAAAGGCCACUGGACAGACUGAUUUGAAAAUUUUCAUAUUUUGUCCCAAAGUGAGGGGAACAGCAUUACAGUUCCGGUUGUAUAGGGGGUGUGGCUAAUUAUGUCACACACCUUCCAAUCUUUCAGAGCCAUUAAAAAAAAGCCUACAUUGUUGGACCUAUAGGGGUGGCUGUUAUUACAUUUGAUUUGUAGUCUUGCUGGCCCAUUUCUUUAACCGCCCCUUUUUUUUUUUUUUCUUCUGUAGAAUUGAUAUUUUGUUUCCCCAAAUCCAAGUGGGAAAUAUUCCAUUCCACUGUGCAGUUUUCCAUGAAAUUACAUAUGAGUGAAGUGACUGGCUUUCACAGUCAUGAAACCUAAAUUAUUGUUGCACACGCUUGAUUGCGUGCUCUUGCUC